UUAAACUCCGUCUUCUUAAAAGUGCGUGUGGGAGAAGGAUAAAGAGAGAGGGAGAUGGCCGCGAGCUCGAGUAGGUUCGCUGCGCCUUCCUUCCAACUCCGUGUCGGUAGGGCUCGCCCCUGGCCGCCUCUGCCGCUCCCUUUGCCGCCUUCCUGCGAUCGGACCCAAAGAGGAGCGGCCGGAAGGUUGCGCUGCUGCAGCCCGACGGAGAAAGCGGAGGAAUGGCGGAUCGAGCGGAAGAAAAAUGCCGGCGGGGUUGCUCGGAGAACUCGGGCGGAGGCCUUACCUUCUCUCCCCUUCUCCUCCUCCCGCUCGAAAAGGCUUUCUAAGCACGACUUCUCUUCUCGUUGCAGCCCUAAGAAUUCUCCUCCUGAAUCUCGUGAUACUCCACCACAAAGAGAUACUGGUAUUGCUAGUGAGAAAGAAUGGGGCAUCAACUUACUUGAUGAAAAGGUUAGCGAGUCUGGCCAAAAUGAAGAUGGGAGCACAUGGUAUCGGGAAAGUGGUGAAGAGCUAGGUGAAAAGGGAUUUAGGUGUAGAUGGGCUAAGAUGGGAGGUAAAUCACAUGAUGGAAAAUCAGUAUGGAAAGAAACGUGGUGGGAGAAGAGUGAUUGGAGUGGAUAUAAAGAGCUAGGUGCAGAGAAAUCUGGAGAAAAUGAUGAAGGAGAUUCCUGGUGGGAAACAUGGAAAGAAGUUCUUUAUCAGGAUGAGUGGAGUAGUAUUGCAAGGAUAGAGAGAAGCGCACAAAAGCAAGCAAAAUCAGGCACAGAAAAUGCUGGAUGGUAUGAAAAAUGGUGGGAAAAAUAUGAUGCAAAAGGCUGGACAGAAAAAGGAGCUCAUAAAUAUGGAAGGCUAAAUGAACAAUCUUGGUGGGAAAAGUGGGGAGAACAUUUUGAUGGGAGAGGAUUUGUACUUAAAUGGACUGACAAAUGGGCAGAGACACAGAUGGGUACCAAAUGGGGGGAUAAGUGGGAGGAGAAAUUUUUCGCAGGGUUAGGUGCUCGGCAAGGUGAAACAUGGCGUGCAUCUGCUGGUGAACGCUGGUCAAGAACUUGGGGGGAAGAACAUUUUGGAAAUGGGAAAGUACACAAGUACGGAAGAAGCACUACAGGAGAAAGCUGGGAUAUAGUUGUGGAUGAAGAAACCCACUACGAGGCCAUGCCUCAUUAUGGAUGGGCAGAUGUAGUCGGUGAUUCCACCCAAUUGUUAUCGAUUCAACCUCAACAAAAGCCACCAGGUGAAUUCCCAAAUAUUAAGCUUGAUGCAUCAGCCGAGGAAGACGGCCCUCCAGAUGAAAAUCUGUCGUGGUGACUAAAUUUUUUCCAGGCACUCAACUUUUUGUACUCUAGCUUUUCUGCUGAAGGAUUUAUGUGGGUUGAUUUCUGAAGUCAUUCUUCUGUCCAUUGUUUCAUUCUUUUACGUUUUUGGUCGUUUCAUUUCUUUGAUCCUGUCAUUGAGAUCAUUCAAUGGAACAAAAUUAUUUCCAAUCAUGUUUGAUAAA